AUGGUCUGGAUGGACAGGAUGGUCUGGGCUAGCGAGUCGCUGAGGCCAAUUUGGCUUCUAAGUGCACUACUUUUAGCAUGGGCUCUGUUUCAAUGGAUAAUGUUCAAACUUCUGGGGAUAUCAGUGGGCAUAGUAGAUCCUUUCAGACUAAGGCUGCGGUCUCUAAGAAUACGGAACCUACUAACCAUCAGAUUUGUUUACUACUCCAUUUGGAAUCAUGGCGUUGUCGUCCAUGGGCUGAAGCUAGACCUUCCUUACCAAGAAUCAGCGACAAGUGCCACUAAAAGUACUCAGAAAAGUGCAAAAAACUACUUCAGUAUUCCACGGUGGGGCCAGUGGCUCUUAAUUCGCAUCCUAAAUCUGUUUCGGCAAUACAGCUUUGUGCUGGAAAAGACGGAACUUAAUGGUGUAAAAAUCGAUUGCAUAACUGUGCGUCUCGAAGGCAAAGGCCACCGCUUUAGUGUUUCAAUGCUCAUAAAAGACGUCUCUUUCGGCGAGAUCGCGUCCUGCUCUGGGUCAGUGCUGGAGUUUUCCGGCAUACUUGAUUUCAAGAGACCUGCAAUCCCACUGGAGGAUAUAACUGUCGAUUUCAAGGUUAGAGGGGUAUCCGUUUCUUAUGACAGCUUACUGACCUAUUUGGCAGAGGCUCAGUCUGGAAAUCAAACUGCAAGUGACUCUGAUGGUCAGUCCACUAGCGACCACGACAGCAAAUCAUUUUCCACCGGUUUCGAAGAGUUGAACCCUAACGACGCCACCGCUUGCAUCCAAUACAUUAAAUCCAAUCUUCUCAAGGCCAGCGACUUUGUUACAAUGCUUAAUAAGUUUUACAUCGCUGCAGACAAUGUCGAUAUUAGAGACAUUCCUUUUUCGCGACACCCUGAGCUCAUCGACACAGCUCGCUUGCUAAAAUUCGAGAUAUCAGCGUCUAAUAUGACUUUUGCUUUGAACAGGCUUAAUGAGCAAUCGCCGGGAUUUAAGUUAACAUUCGCACCUAAUGAAAUACCUUUAAACAUGAAAUGUACCAUGUCGUCAAUCGCGUUUAAGAUGAAUCAAAAUCUUGGGCCGGACAAUGCAGUCGUCGAGGCGUACAACUUCUGCGAGAUUCCUAGCGUAGCCCUCUAUGGAGAUACUAAUUUAUUUUCCUUGAGGUCCCACGAAGAAAACUAUGAUGUGGCAGUCGAAACGAUUCUCAAGUUGGUGGGCCACAUUUCUUCUCCAGUGCUCGAUUUUGAGAUUGGGCAAUUCUCCUUUUUAAAGUCUUUCAAAGACAACAUGAAAGUUUUCCAGUCUCUCCUGAGUGAGACCGGUACAGUUAGACCAACCUGUAUGAAGACACUCGAGAGAAAACAAGCGGUUUUCACGUACUUUCAGCAUAUACUGCCGCAAGUGGAAUCGAAAAUUACAGUCGAGGAUCCAUUGAUUCUUGUUAGUGAUGGAAGCGAGCUGCUAGUUCAGAAAUGUUCCAUUCUAUCCAUUCAAACUAAGUCAGAUAAGUUCAGGCUAUGUGGUGAAGAUGAAAAGAAAGAGGUGUUCUACAAAUUGAGAAACACAAUUGAACUGAUGGACUACAGCUUUACUUACCACAACAGAUUGAAGACCUUUGAACAUAGGAUUCUUACGAUCAGCAACGUGUCGAUUGCAAGCUUGGCAGAGUUGGUACCCAGUAUACGAGCAAACUUUAACGCCGGCGUUAACGUUUGUGAGCUAGAUUUAUCAGAGAUCUCUACUCUGACGGCUCUCAAUAAAAUUUACAGAAAAGCAAACUGUAAGAUGCUAUUCGUUGAGGAAAAUCAUUUCGAUGAGCUUUACGCAAGGUUUGGGGAGUACCUGGAGACAAGGAAACAGGAGAGUGUAACUCAUAACACGUACAUGAUGGAUAGUGAGUCAUGUCCUAAAUCUAAGCUCUUUCAAAACCUCCCACCCUUUUUUGAUGGUGCUCGUGCCAAUAUACGCGGGCUGAAAGUCACAGUCGGCGCUAGAUCGGUAUUCAUGCCAAAUGACAUUUUAACUAAUUUACAAUCGCAGAGUCCCGAGGAUCUUGUUGACGGGGAGCUCAGAAAAAUGUCGCAUAGUAUUGAAAGAAUACAAUUGUCUCUGAGAGGGUCGAAUGAUCAAGCUCGCGUCAACGAUGAUGGAAGCUCAUCUGAUGGUUCCACUUUAGUCGAUUCUGUCAAAACGUUUUCGUAUGACGAGUUCGGUCUAGAUGAUAGCUCUUCAGAACUCUCAACGGGGAAAGAGUAUGCUUGGCAAGUACGUUGCUCGGUACAUGAUAUGGUGACCUCUUUGUUCUCUGAGAAAAGGACGAAACGACAAACUCUUAGUCCUAAAAUUGUAUUCAAGAUGCCCUCACUUGAGGUGAUGAUGUAUCCAGACGCACCUUUUUCUGAGCAAGGGGAAUCAGACGACAAAAAGAUUGUUUUAUCAGUCAGUUCAGGUACUUGCGAAACGAUGGUCUCGUUAAUGACCGUCUUCCUAGUGUUUUCUGCCGUUCACACUUUCAAGCAAACAUUCACUAAAGACGUCAAUAAGCAUAAACGAGAUUCGAAGGCCAGACGACACCUUUCGACGCACUUUAUGAAAAAGGGAGAGAGAUCAAUCUUCAAGCGUCUAAUGAAAAAAGAAGCCUUAGAGCUUUUCCGCGUUGAGUUCAAUACCAAAUACUCGUGUAUGGUCUUAAUUUUACCCAAUGGGGUCAAGACUAAGUUCGAAACCUUCAGAAGUGGUUUUACAUGCACCGAUAUCAGCAGUCUUAGAAUUUACGGGCACUUCUUUCGAUUCUGUGUUGAAUCGCCUCAGAAAACAAAUUUUUGGGUUAGAAUGGCCACCGUCGUCAACUUCAGGAUUGAAGGUGUUCUCGAAGAUAUUGUACGACAGAUAAAUGAUCCAUCCAACAAUUCACAGGAGCCCGCUAUCAUGCUUACAAACGAGAUGUGGAACUUCAAUAUUCCUCAUGGUUUCGAAAUGUACAAGAUAUUUGAUAAUAUUUCCACGACAGUGAAAACCAUCAAGCAGAUGGCGCAUUCGUUAAAAACUUCAAAAAAUGACUGUGUCAUAUCUCCCCAUGUCUCUGAACCCGCUCGGCUGCCAGGAAUAAAUCUCAGAUCCAGAAGGUGGGUUUUCAGUGUUGAGGAUGAUAUUUUCGAGUCCCAGCUGUCUGUAAUUUUCCAGGUGGGACUCAAGGAACAACGUUCCCGACUCGAGAAAUAUGCGCUUUUCGAAAAAGCCGCUGCAAAGGAUCUGAAGACAGAACAGAAGGAGAUGAAGACACCCGAGACCGCUGACUUUAGUUCUGAAAAGAGACAUUUUCAUCUGGAUCAUUUCAGCAAACAUCAUAAACUGAAGCGAAAAAGCAUGCCUGAUUUGAAUCAGCCGGGAAAUCAGAAAACUUCGGACGAUUAUGCUCAUCCUAAGCUCUCUCAAUAUGUGAGAAAUGCUGAUUCUUGGGCGCGUAAGUACCAUAAGCUUCAAGAACAAAUCUCGUUAUCGUGGAUCCGAAGAAUUAAAGCUUUCAAAAUCAAGGAGCAAGUGAACUUUCAAAAAAAUUUCGAAUAUCUCUGGGGUUCAAUCGACCCUGAUAUCUUUCCUCCAGGUGCCAACAAACGAAUGAUGGCCUUCGUUGCAUCGCCUCCAUUGAUGAAUGUCAUUGUAGAGGAUGCAAAUGUCACGAUUUCUCAACCGUCUUUUGGUAUCGAAAUGCUUUCGGAUUUCAUUCAUGAGGUGGGAAAGGGUGUUCCCAAAAAAACUGCAUACUCCAUACUAUUCCCGAUGCAUCUAAAUGCAAAAUUUCGGGAAAUGAGGUGUCAUCUUCGAGAUUAUCCUUUGCCUUUUGUUUACCUUCCGGAUUUGACCGCCGAGCAACGCGAAAAUGGUGACGACGUAGCUAUAAGGCUACAUGGAGAUGUGGUUGUUUCAGAGGAUAUUAUACGAUCCGACAAAGAGCUGAGAACUUUGUUUGUUCCUUUGGUACCAUCUGCUACAUUGGAGAACGAUGACAAAUUCUAUUCGUUGCUUGUUCCAAGAACUUUGACGGCUAUCAAAACAUAUGCCAAAUUAGAACUGGAGCUCAAUUCGGACGAGACGACUCUUGUUGCAUGGAACGGCUCUUACUCCCCUGCUAUUCAGCAAGCGAUGCAAUGUUUUGAUAACUUUUCGAAACCACCUAUCGAUCCCUCUCCAAAGCUUGGUUUUUGGGACAAAAUUCGUGAGACAUUUCACGCGAGAAUCUCUGUAAGGUGGAAUAACGACGGGCAACUUAAUGUUGCCCUGAAAGGCGGUAAGAGCCCUUAUACGAUGGGCGGAGAAGCUGCCGGAUUUGUGGUGGGCUUGAAAGGAGGAAUUAAAGUGGGUUGUAACGUAACUGACGAUGCUCUGAAAUUUCUCACCCUUGCCUCAGAAGAAGUCUUCUUUUCAAUCCCCAACUUCUUUGCAAAGCCGCUUUUGGUCUGGUCCAGAAGCAGUAAGGAUGGUUUGUUUUUCCCGAGCCAUGAAAACACCAAUCUUCAACACCAUGCGUUUUUUUACAACCUCGUCGAGCUGCCGAGUGUCGAACACCUUGACGGUGAUAUGCGAGCGAUGAAGGACGCGUACUUCGAAAAAACGGCAAUUAGACUGACUGGCGGGAUAACACUCAACGUUGGUAUGGUGUUUGAAAGGCUGAAGGUUGACUCGAGGAAAAGAACUCUCGAUUCCGAGUCGCACUGGAAUGCACGUUUGUGUAAUCCGGUGUUUAUAGACAACCUCGAUGAGCACGAUUCAUUCAAGGGCUUCCGGAGUGACUUUAUUCAUUUGUCGUUCACUCUGUUGUCUAGCAACCCAAAAGCUUACAACGUCUUACAACUUACUCCAGGCGCUUUCAAAACAUUCUUUGGUUGGUGGCAUAGCUUCUCUGGAAACUUACCAGUUCGACGUGGGCCGCUGUUUGGUAUGAAUAAUAUGAGUCCAAAAUUUGGCAUUCACCUUUACACCAUAUCUUAUCAUGCUGACGUUGCUCCGCUCUUCAUCAGCCAUAUCCAUGAACUUUCCGAUCCUAACGAUAAGUUGAUGGCAGACAACACUAAAGUCGCAAAAUUUGUAGGCUUGAAGGCAAAAACAGAGCAUUUUGUUAUGGAUCUCCAUCAAAGAAAAGAAGUACUUCAUGAAUACAAACAGGAAUUGAACAUCACGAAACGAGUUUCGAAACUCAUGUUCAAUGAAGGCAAUGUCUCUAACUAUGGUAUCGACGUAAGGACAGUUCAAGCCGAGUUCAGAGAACCUGGUUUUGCCGGGCGGGAGGCUGAAUCCGAAUACGAAAUUUUCGACGAUGACAUGACAUGGUUUGAUAUAUCCGAUUAUGAUGAAGUGUUCAUGGACAAAAUGGCCGAACGAAUAGCUGCCGUAUACAUGCACUCUCUGGUGUAUUCACCAAAGUUUGUUUACAGAAAGCAUGCGACUUAUGGGGACAAAUAUCAGGUCGACCCUGAAACAUGUGAGAAGAUUGAACCAUUUGAUAACGCAAACUAUCACAAUUGUACGCUCAAAAACAUGGUCAAAUCCCCUUCAGAAUUCAUCAAGAAGCGUCUCAAAGCUCUUCUGACAAAGAGAGAGCAAACUCUCGAAAAAAUUGAACGCAUAUCUCAUCCGAAACAAGAUCAAGGUACGUCUGUCCUACAGCGGAGGAUAGAAAAGAUCGAGGGGGCCAUCAAACAAGUUGAGCAGCUGCUUCACGAUUUUCAGGAUUUCGAUCGCGAAAGGCAAGAUUCAUCUACAAGAUCAGAUAAUUCAGCUGCAAAAUUGUCACCGCAAUUUGGUUGGCUCACGAAAUCUUCUUUCGCUGAUUCCUUCGAGCAUCGGUUCUUCAUUUUUUCCAUGUUUUUGAAAUGGAAUGACACAGUAAGAGGUGCAGUCUACAGCUACAUUCACUUCCUGGACUUCAACCGGGAGCUGUCUUAUAUUGCAAAUCAUAAGGCAGUUCGAAAGAUAAAUGAGGUCAUUGAAGAGUCUACAGGAUCUGGGAGUGAGAAGCUCGAUUCAAUCGCUGAAAGUGCGCGAUCGGAGUCUGUUAAAAAGAUGCAAAAUGAGGCUGUCGAAAGCAUAGAUGCCGAAGAAGAUAUUCUUUCAGUUUUCGAAGAAGGGCUGAGAAAGCUGGAUGCCGAUUUUGAUUUCAUUACCCAUGAUAAUCAUGUUGUGCAGUUCGUAGCUCCGCAGAUCCAACUUACGACCUCGCAAAAGCCUGAGGUUUGUACGAUGAUUACAGCUCCAAGUAUAAAACUCAAGUCCAUAGGCUUUGAUACAAAUGUCACCGAAAAUGAGUACAACACUGACGUGUUCAUGAAUCGAUACAGCAUCGCUUUGCUCAAGGCAAACGUUUUUGUUUUUCACAAGGACAGCUUUGAUAACACUCAUGACGUCUUUUUCCGUGAGGAUGGGUAUGACCAGGCCGGUGAGAAGAACUGGCAGCCCUGGCUAGGUAUAGAGCUAUGCUUUGAUUCUGCGUCCUUGGGAAACGAUACAAUAAUCAGAGAUCUGUCUGCAAUUUUCAGGUUUGACCGAGUUUUUUCAUUCGCAAACGUUGCGGGUACUAAAGACCCCAACAUCAAAAACAAAAUCAUUUCACAGUUGCCUCGAACCGUCAUAAGUUCGAACUCUAGACAGUAUUUGGCGCUCUAUGAUGUGAUUGCGCAUCUAUUGGUUUACGUGGAACCAAAGACUGCCCAUCUUCGCAAGGAAGUUGAAAAGUUAAUGUUGAGUUAUGACACUACCGACCUUGUCCAAUUGAGGGGCGUAAUAAUUGACUUACAACAAAAAGUAGUAGCUCUGAACCGUCUCGAGAAAGAACUAGCAUUCAGAAGACGAAUUCUGGAUGCAGAUGGCAUCGACGACCUCAAAAUUAUUCGUAAAAACAAAUACGAAUCUUUGAUAAGCCUUUACAUUUUGAUGGAAGUUCUUAACAUGGGAAGUCAGGAAAAUGCUGCCGAAGAUCAGAAGAUUGUUUGGGAUUUGGAAGCCAAAGAGAUCAUUGUGCACAUGCUGCAUGACAACGGAACUCCGUUCUUAGAUCUGGCACUGGCCGGUUCAUACUUCCGGCGUGUACAGUCUUCUUACGGUUACAACAGCAACAGGAUAGUCAUUGGUAUGGCUCAAAUAUUCAAUUUGGACCGCGAUGUCUUGUUCCAUAAUUUGUUAGGUCCAUCAAAUGCACAAGAAGCAAAAAGUGGGCCGAAUGGCGAUAAAGAACCGCUGAUGACAAUGGAAUGGGAGAUUGAGAAGCCUGUUGGAGGCAUGAAAGUAAUAAAGUCUGCUCUUGCGACGUUUAAGAGCUUAGAAGUUAACAUUGAACAGGCGACAUUGACGAAAAUACUGCAAUGGGCAUUCCCCGCUGAAAUCGAGGAGUAUAUUAAGGAAAGUGAUCAAUCUAGUACGCUGGACAGUGGAUCUACUGACGAAAGCGCGAGCAAGAGCUCAGAUCAAAACAGUAUCACCAUUGGUAACAUUAGUAAGGACGCUAAUAAUGACCCACAGGACGUGGAUGAGAUGUUCAAGAGAUCUUCAGACUACAUGGUUAUCAAUAAUUUGGUUGUCAGGUCGUUCAAGCUCAUAAUCAGCUACAGAGGAAUCGGUGCCAAGCGACUUAUCAAUGUUACGAAUUUCGGGUUUCUGUUUCCGCGUUUAACGCUGCAUAAUCAAACCCUCACGACAGUUGAUCUAGCAAUGAUGAUUAAACAAGUGCUCCUUAAGGCGCUUUUGAGGCAUGCAGGGAAAUUUUUGGGAAAUAAAUUGAAAAGGCAUACCCUUCAUAUUGAGCCAACCAAGUCACCUUUGCGGCAGCUUUCGAGUUACCAUUCUUAUACGGAAGUUGAAGACUUAAAAUGCGAAGGCGGCAAUGAAGCUGACGCACACGAAGGAAAUGCGAGGAAGAUAGUCGGAAAAGAGGACAGCGGAACUCUAGCAAAGGAUACAGCGCACGCACCCGGCUACACAUUGAAUAAAGACACAGAACGAGUGACAGGUCGAAGCAAUAUUCUCAAAUUUGACCAGAAAUCUGGCCUGGACACAGAGAGGGAUAUGCGUCAAGAGACAACUCAAGGCACCAGCCAAGAGACGAUUAGAGACACUUCGCAAGACACAAUUCGAGGAAUUAGCCAAGAUGCCGAUAAAAAGACCAACCAAGAGCUCGGUCAACAAACGAGCCUAGAGGCAAAUCGAAAAAUGAGUCAAAAGCCAAGUCAAGAGACGAAUCAAGCGACAAGUCAAGAGACAAAGCAAGAGACGAAGCAAGAGACGAAGCAAGAGACGAAGCAAGAGACGAAGCAAGAGACAAAUCAAGAGACAGGUCAAAACUUAAGACAACAAUAA